AUGUCUGAACAUGCUGCCCCCAAGUGCCAUCUUUUGGCAGGAGUUUCCCCCGAACCAGUAAACUAUGCUCAAGGAAACCCUUACUCGAACACAUAUAACCCAGGAUGGAAAAGUCACCCUAAUUUCUCGUAUAAGAACAAUAAUGCCUUAUAUGCGCCUGGCCAAGCACCUAGUAUACCACUUGGAUAUCAAAAGGCACCCUUAGCUGAUCCUAACGUCCCUAGGAAAUCUAACCUAGAAUUAAUGAUGGAAAAUUUCAUUGCCACUCAAACUCAGACUAGUAAGGAUUUCCUAAACCAAAACAUACACACCAAUGAGAAAAUCAAACAGUUAGCGACUAAAGUAGACGCGUUGGCCACUCACAACAAGAUGCUUGAAACACAAAUCUCUCAAGUGGCACAACAACAAGCACCUACUGCCGCACCUGCCGGGACGUUUCCUGGACAUCCACAACCGAAUCCAAAAGGACAUGCUCAUGCUAUUAUUCUGCGAAGUGGUAGAGAGAUGGACGAAUCAACUGACCCUAGGCUUAAAAACCCUGCUAUGUUCCAAAGCCCUAGUAAAGCAACUGAGGAGGAAAGUGGACCCAAAGAUAAAUCAAGUAACCCAAAAGAGAAAGAGGACAAGGAAGGUGAGACGGAGGAAAAAGAAGCGCCAUAUGUACCUCCACCACCCUAUAAACCAUCUAUCUCGUACCCUCAAAGAUUCGAAAAAUCUAAAAGCAUAAGGCAGUUUAAGAAAUUUGUCGAGCUUCUUAAACAGUUGAACAUUAAAAUUCCUUUUACAGAAGCUAUUACACAAAUGCCCUCAUAUGCUAAAUUCCUAAAAGAAAUCCUAUCGAAUAAGAAAAAGAUAGAAGACAAUGAGACAGUAACACUCACUGCCGAAUGUACUGCGAUAAUUCAAAAUAAAAUGCCACCUAAGCUGAAAGACCCAGGGAGUUUCUCCAUACCUUGCAAUAUAGGAAAAUUUGUCAUAGAUAAAGCUCUGUGCGACUUAGGAGCUAGUAUUAGCCUAAUGCCUUUGUCCAUUUGCGAGAAACUUAACAUGGGAGACCUAAGACCAACCAAGAUGUCAGUACAACUUGCAAACCGUUCUGUAAAGUAUCCUGUAGGUGUUCUUGAAAACGUACCCGUGCGCAUCGGACAAUUUUACAUCCCUACGGAUUUCAUAAUUAUGGACAUAAAGGAAGACGUCAAUACCCCUAUAAUCUUAGGAAGACCGUUUCUGGCCACAGCUGGCGCUAUUAUAGACAUAAAGAAAGGCAAGUUGACAUUCGAAGUAGGUGAAGAGAAAGUCGAAUUUAUUCUAACACAAUUCCUUCAAGCCCCAGCUAAAGAAGAUACAUGCUAUCUGGUGGACGUUAUUGAUGAAUGUGUAAGAGAGAUAGGAUUAUCAGAAGAAUCUUACUCUAAAGUUAUAAAGAUUCCAAUGCCCUUGAUUUUCGAAGAUGACAAUUGGCGUUCGAAAUAUCGAGACGAUAGCUUAAGAGGAUGCUUAGCUUUAACACCCAACCAUAUGCCUUGCCCUAAGAAACCAACCUUGGACCUUAAACCAUUACCCAAGACUCUUAAAUAUGAAUUCCUAGACAAUGAGCUCAAAAGACCAGUAAUAGUCAACGCAGAGCUAGGAGGAACAGAGACUGAAAAAAUGUUACAAGUGUUAAAAAAAUACCCAUCUGCUUUAGGAUAUAACAUUUCCGAUCUAAAAGGAAUAAGUCCUUCCAUAUGUAUGCAUCGCGUCAUGUUGGAAGAAGAUUGCAAGGUCUCUAGGGAACAUCAAAGGAGGAUCAACCCUAUCCUGAGCACAGUAGUUAAAGAUGAAGUUACCAAACUUCUAAAUGCAGGAAUUUUAUAUCGAAACUCUGAUAGUCAGUGGGUAAGUCCGGUCUAUUGCGUACCAAAGAAAGGAGGCAGAACAGUUACCGUAAACAAGUCAGGCGAAUCUAUCGCUGAAUGA